AUGGAAAAGUGGAUCAAGUCGCUGUUUAACCACCUUAGUAAGUUGUUAGCAGUAGAAGUUCCUGGUUUAAGAACAGGAUCCAGUAAAGUGCAAGAAUGUUCAAUCAAAACAAGACUUAGACGAACUGGAGUGCUCAACCAGCCAUUUCCAAGGCGCACUUUAAUGGGAGGAAGCAAGCGGAAACUCAAAUCUGUCUGGAAUCAAAGAAAUCCAAACCUCUUUAGCUAUCGUGUAUUCUCAGAUCUUGGUAGUUUGGCGGGAAAGCAGUUUUCUUCAGCCACCAAAGCUCGUGCUCUCUCGAGUUUGUUUCAAAACAAAGUUCGUAGCAUGUACCAAGAACCCUGGAUGAUGUCAGAUGAGGAAGUUUUGGAUAUUAUUUCUAAGCACGAAUGUGCAGAAGUGCUAAAUCGUGGUAUUGUUAGCAAGUAUGAGUCAAAUCAGUUGCCGUCAAACAAACCUGUUGAAGAUCGAAGAUUUGUUUCCACGCUUUUGUAUGACAGCGAUGCCUUGUUAGUUGGAGUGUUGGAUGGUCAUGGCGGGGACACAUGUGCUCAUAAUGUUUCUCAACGUCUUUCGGACUAUAUUGGUGCUACACUGUUGCCGACAGAUGUUCUUGUAGGCUCCACAGUGAAAAACUAUUUAUUUUCUAAGCAUUUCCUUGUUUGUGACAACCCUGGUAUGUACAACUUUCAUGAGGAUCCUGUUUGCCAUGAGAAUUUAAAAGGGUUCUUUAUGGAUCUCCGAAGGAUUCAAAAGAGACUACAUACAGGGGCUGAAGACUCACCAACUCUUACCCACCUUAAGGAGUCUCGCUCAGGUUACCAAACUGCUGUUACUGAGACAAGGGAAGAGGAAAUUUUCCAUACCAUGACAGCUAUUUCUAAAGCCUUUCUGAGAUUAGAUAGUGACUUAAGCCAGGAAGCUUUCACUCAAGGGGAAGACAAGGAAGGCAACGAACAUAAAUUUAAAUCCAUAUCAUCAGGGGCCUGUGCAUUGGUUGUGCAUAUAAAAGGUACUGAGCUGACUGUGGCAAACUGUGGAGACUGCCGUGCUGUAUUGGGUGUUCAGAGUGAGGAUGGAUUGUGGUCGGCAUUGCAGUUAUCCAAUGAUCAUACAGCAGGUGAGUACCUUUCCCAGGGUUUUCAAGAAUAAUAAUGAUAAUGAUAAUGAUAAUGAUAAUGAUAAUAACAAUAAAUGUCUUUAUUUUUCAUAAAAUAAAAACUACAUAUCUUAUGUUACAUAUUUUGCAAAUAUGACAGCCAAUAGAGAAAUUCUUAAAAACAUAACCAUAGUGGUUGGUUACAUAUUAAGAUUGUAUCUAUAGGUAAGUCUAUUGAUAAAUGUAUUCUUAAAACAUUCUGUAUUAAUUAGAGUGUGAGCGCUAUUCUUGUUGCGCAAGUUAGAAUUGAUGACCUUAGUCUUUGAGACUGCUCAUGUAGCGGGUGGGUACCAAGUUGAGAAUUUUUUAAAAAGCUUUCCUGUCUUGUUUUUCUAAUGAAGCUCUAACAUUAUUUUAAUCUAACUAAAAUAUAUUGCCUUUUAUGGCAUCUGUUUAGAAAAUCUUACACUGUUGCUAUUUCUGGCUCUAAGGCUCCAUGUACCACUAGUACGUAGGUGACACUGGGUAAAACUAUGGUCUUAAUGAAUAAUCUACCUCAAGCUGAGUUAUAUCCCUCCUUUCGCAAAGAUUUAUGACGUACAGGCAUUUAUUGGCCUUAGGAAGCUUGUCCUUAACAGGCUUUUAAUCAUAUCUACAGUCUUGCUGGAAAUUGAAUCCAAGGACAGUUAGUCUGGAGCAUAGUGGUGUGUUCAAAAUCAUUUUGUAAACAUUGUUAUGUCUGUUCUUUUGGAAAACAAGCUCCUUACACUAAAAGGGAUUACAUUUCAUUAAAUUGCUACUAUAGACCAUUCUAAAAACCUAUAAACAAGUUCAGCUGCUGGGUCAUUGUUCUUAAACACAGUAACAACAAUAAUUGUUGUUCCUGUGUAUUGUGUAGUGUUCCUGUGUAUUGUUUACAGUCAUCAGCAUAGUUAAAACAGACAGUUUCCCCACCUAUACUCAUCUCUAAGUCAUUCAGAAAAAUGCUAAUUAAAUAAGGGCCACUCAUGCUUCCUUGUAUAGCACCCUCAUUUACAUGCUUCCAAUACAGAUAACUUUAUUAUAUGCCACCCUUUGCAUUUGUCCUGGUAGAAAAUUCAAUCACCAAUUGACAAUAUAUGAUUUUAGAGAAAUGUCUUUAAGUUUGGUAGCAAGAAGUUGGUGGUUUACAGAGUCAAAUGCGUUGCUAAAAUCCAUUGUGAACAUCCUGACAGCCAUGCAGUUGGGAUCGUUAAGGAACUUGCUCACUUUUGUGCUGAACAAGCACAGACAACUGACAAAACACACCACCAACCUUGCUCGGAGAAGUUGGCUACUUUCCCCCCCUAAAUUGGACGCUGAGAAUGAAUAAACUUAAAGAAAGAUUCUGUCAAAACUUAAAUUAAAAUUCAAUUUUCUGGACUCUCCUUCAAUUUUAAAAUAUUUAUGAAAAGAUUGAGCCUCUCAUCUGUACAUUACAUAUCCAUUUUGAUUGAAAUUAUAUUAUCUUUUGUACUAAAUUUAGUGCCCAGAAUGCUAGAAAUUGCAUUUUAGGGCAUUGCAAUUUCACGCCCCCAAACCCACCUAGAAGAAGGAUAUUAAAAGCCCCGUGUUCAUAUAGUUGGGUAUUAUUCAAACCUGCUGGCUACUUGAAUUUUUAUCGAAACCCCUUCUUACCCACCGAAAAAAAAAUUAUAUAGCUGGUAAAUGCAUGAAAGACAUCUCUCGAAGAUGGACAGAUGGUGCCAGUUGCAAAGCUGACUGUCUUGGAGAGUAGUUGACUGUAGAAAACAUUUUUCACUCUUUGCAAACUAAAAACUUGGCAGUAAAAUUUCUCGCCUGUGGUUCCACUUGGGCAAUACAUUUUGAUAUCUCUCUGUGGUCUGUAAGAGUAGACAAUGUGUGGAAAAAAUUGUGGUCUAUUUGUUUUUUACAAUAACAUUAAAUGUUGUUAAUUCAUUGAUAGUGAACUUGCUAUUUCGAAAAAAAAUGGUAAAAAAAAUAUCUUUUUUUGAUGUUUAAAGGCCAUUUUGUGCCUCAUCAGAUGAAACGUCAUGAUUCUAGUGUAUUUUACACUCGAAAACCUUUGAUUACCAUACUGCUUCUAGCUCAGUGCUUAGUUCAUGCAGGUAAGGUGACUGGCUGCCGGAUUAAGGUGUAGGACCCACCACCGUCAAAUGCACUACACCUACAUUUGCAAACUCAUCUAUUGUCACUAAACCAAUUCAGUGUUCCUCAUGAAUUUUCUUGUCAUACAGGGAACCCAAGUGAAGUUCAGCGAGUGUUGAAUGAGCACCCUGUGGAGGAAGCCUAUACCUGUCUCAGGUCUGAAAGGCUUCUGGGACGUCUUGCACCUCUAAGAGCAUUUGGCGAUGCUAAAUUUAAAUGGAGUAAGAAGAAGCAAGAGAAGGUGUUUCAACAGAAAGGGCUCGCGCAUCUGUCAGAUUUUCAUACGCCACCUUACCUCACGGCUGAACCGGAAGUGACGUCAUACCAGUUGCAGCGUUCAGACAAGUUUUUAAUCCUUGCCAGUGAUGGAUUGUGGGAUAUGCUAAGUAAUGAAGAGGCUGUGGACAUUGUGCGGGAGAAUUUAAAGCGGCGUAACCCAGGUAGCAGUAUCGUUUACCAGAGGCAAGAAUCAGCUGAUGACGAUGAACUGAAAUCGUCCUGUGAGUUAGAGAACGCAGCUUCUUGUCUCAUCAAGGAGGCUCUUGGUGGUGCAGAUCACGUAUCUGUAACCAUGAGCUUAAGUAUCCCCUACCCUGAUGUGCGCAGAUAUCGUGAUGACAUCACUGUUACUGUGGUGCAUUUUGAUUGGAGCAAUGUGGCAGUGGAGUAGCUUCCUGUAAAAAAGGCCUUGCCCUACGCAAUAAUCAGUAGGCCCUAUGGUGCCGAGUUCAAAAGUUGACAUAAAGCUGUAUGGAAAGUAUCUUAGCCAGGAAAAGUUGGAACUGAGGGAAGAAGACAUUGAUCAGGUGAAUUAUCUCACCAGCGCGUUCAUUGUCGUUUGAGUUUUGAUAGCUUAAGUGAAUGUGUUUGUGUUUGGUCAGUAAUUCUUAGUUCAAGGAAACUUUCUCUUGAGGAAACUCGGUCCUGUCACACUCAAUAGUGGAGCUUAUGUUUAUUUAUGUGUUGUAAAUAAUAAUUAUGUACUCUGAAUUGAUUCGCCGUUCUUGAGCAUCCCAGAUUUUACCACCCAUAUAAACAGUACAAAACAUUUGUGGAAAGGGUCUAUUAUUAACGGGAAAAACGAAGGUGUUUUCUAUAUUGCCAGGUGUCUUUAGGUGAUAACUGGUUAUUAUUUUUAAUAAAUGACGAUGGUAAAUAUAUUUGCGAUGGUCGAAAGGACAGUAAUUCUCGAUCGAUCGUCUGAGUUUGUCGCAGUUAAUGCGGGGCCUGUUUUGUACAGCCCAACUUCCUAUCUUAUUACACAGUGAACCAUUUUUCAGCGUGAAACAUUGUCAAGCAUAAGAAUUGACUGUCUCUGACACAAUUAAACUUGAAGAACUGUAUCUUUCGAGUAAACUAUUUAAUAUAUCUUGAAAAAAUGUCUCCAAUUUUUCUUUUCGAAGGGAGUAUUCUUGUACCAGAAAUUGUUUCCCACAUUAUUGGUGUCGGGUCUAUUACAAUAUAUUAUGUGCGGUAUAAAUGGAGGUUACGUUAUUCCGAAAAAAA